UACCUCUUCACUACAAACUUAUUCAAGAAACAAAAAAACCCUACCGCCCUUCAAAAAACUAUAUGGCGAUGAAGAGUCUCUCAUUUCUUGCAGUUCUAUCUCUGUUGGCUAUAACACUUCCAUUAUCCAUUGCUUCUGAUCCAAGCCCUCUUCAAGACUUCUGCGUUGGUGUCAACACCCCAGCAGACGGUGUUUUUGUUAACGGAAAGUUCUGCAAAGACCCAAAGCUCGCGACCGCGGAUGAUUUCUUUUUCUCAGGGCUUCACAAUGCAAGACCCGUCAAUAAUGCAGUCAGAUCAAAUGUGACAGCCGUCAAUGUUAACAACCUUCCAGGGUUAAACACCCUUGGAAUCUCAAUUGUCCGUAUUGAUUAUGGAGUUGGUGGACAGAACCCACCUCACACCCACCCACGUGCCACCGAGAUCUUGGUUGUUGGGGAAGGGACACUUCUCGUUGGGUUUGUAACAUCAAACCCAGACAAUCGCCUCAUCUCUAAAACACUCAACGCAGGUGAUGUAUUUGUGUUUCCAGAGGGACUCAUCCAUUUCCAAGCAAACAUUGGUCAUUCACCAGCGGUUGCAUUCGCCGCUCUAAGCAGCCAGAACCCAGGUGUCAUCACUAUUGCCAACACCGUGUUUGGGUCUAACUUAGCCAUAAACCCAAGUAUUCUUGCAAGGGCGUUCCAGUUGGACCCUAGGAUUGUCGUGGAUCUACAGGGAAAGUUCAAGAAAUAAUAACAUUUUAGGUUUGAAUUGCUUUCAUUUUUAUUUACUUCUGCCUCAAUAAGGAUCUUAUAUUUCCUUUUAUCGUAUCAUGACAAUGAUGUCUUUCUUUGCUUUUGUCUGGUUCAGAUUCUAAAUAAAAAAUGCUUUUUCUUUCACAAAACAAGUAUUUAAGUCUUUCUAAUAAUAAACAAAAUUUCAAGAAAAAUAC